UCAUUUUUACUUAAUUGUUGUAAUUAUUUUUUACUGAAACGUAUAUUAUAUUUUAUUAUUUAUAAAAGAAUUAAUAUGGGUUACUGUUGGGCUGUUGGAUGUAAUCAUCACAACCAAAGAGAAAAGUGUAAAUUUUUUACACUUCCUAAAGAUACAAAAUCUCGUAACAGGUGGUUAAAAUUACUUAAGUAAGUUUUUUCCUCCUAUGUAUUGUAUUACAAAAUGAUAAUAUAUUCCAAAUGGUACCAAUCUGUACUUAAUGUAAAAAAUUAUAGACGAAGUGACCAACCUGGUCGUGGAUGUGUUGUUUGUAGUUGUCAUUUUAAAAAUGGACUUCGAAUUAAUGGUCCGGAGUUGCAAGAGCACUUAAAAAAGGCUUUUGUCAGUGAUUUUCCAACACUCCCCCAAAAAAAAAGAAAUCAAAGAACUAAUAAAGUAACCAUACCUACAGAUAUGCAACCAUUCAAGAUGAAUGCAGAAAAUGCAUUAGACGUUGAUAGGUACGUUUAAGUACCUAUGUAAGAAACUUUGUUAUUUAAGAAUAUUAAUUAUAAUAUGUCUAGGAAUAUCAAAUCUCAAGUUGAAGAUUUGGAAAUUCAAGUAUUGAAUUUGAAUAAAAAGAUGGAUCUGAAUUUAGAUUCAAAAUCUGUUUCGAAUUUACCUACACAAUCAAUUCCAAGUGUAACACUAUUAGAAACUGAAAAUAAUUUCCUUAAGAAAGAAAAUGAAGAAUUGAAAAGUAAACUGUAUAAGCUAUCUGUUGCAUUUUCUUAUGAGACUAUAUGCAACAGUGAUGAAUUGGUUAAUGUUUAUACUGGUUUACCAAAUUCAAAAGUUUUUAAUUCUCUUUUUGAGUUGUUAAAAGAUGUAAAAUUAAAUUAUUUUUUGGGGUGGAAUGUAAAAACUAUAAGCCCUCAGGAUCAAUUAUUAUUAGCAUUAAUGAAACUAAGAUUAAAUUUACCUCAUUUAGAUUUAUCCCAACGUUUCAAAUGUA